AUGGCUAGAGUUAUGCCGUCGCUUGCUAGGGACCUGCCACAAGAAGAAGGCGGUCACCAGAACAUUCUAUCCGAGGACUACACGUUCGUCGGCGUCGCGGGCGAUGUUCCAAAUGAACCGGAGUUGGCCGCGUUGGUGCCCGAGACGCUGAAGACAGUGGGCGCGCCUUCCGACGACGACGACGAUCUCAGCUGCCCGAUCUGUUUGGAGGAGGACGACGCGGCGGCGUGGAAGGAGACGCCGUGCGGGCACCGGUUCCACGGGCGCUGCGUCGAGAGGUGGCUGCAGGAGAAAGAGAGCUGCCCCAUGUGCCGCCGCGAGGUCUUGACGAUGCCCAACGCCGCCACCGCAGACUGUACUGCUGAAUUCGUAGAUUUCAUGUGGAUGGCUAGCUUGGGGUUCCAUGUGUUUGGCGGCGUUCCUAUCGACGACACGGAUAGUGAUGAUGAUGAUGCUUAG